CCCUAAACCAACCACUUUCUUGUGUGCUCAUUUCUUCUUCUGGCUCUAAGAGUCUCUUAUAUAUCUUCUUCUACACUUUUUUGCUGCACACAGCUUCAUGUUAAACAAUUGCGCCGCCAAGUACUGCCAUGGAUGAAUCUUGCCAAGCUUAUGUUGAUGAUCAAUCCAAGUCUUCAUCAUCAUCCUGUCCUCGAGGACACUGGAGACCCGCGGAGGACGACAAACUCAGACAACUUGUUGAACAAUAUGGGGCACAAAAUUGGAAUUCAAUCGCGGAUAAGCUCCAUGGAAGAUCAGGGAAGAGUUGCAGAUUGAGAUGGUUUAAUCAAUUGGACCCAAGAAUUAACAGGAAACCAUUUAGUGAAGAAGAAGAAGAGAGACUACUGGCGGCACAUCGAAUCCAUGGAAAUAAAUGGGCAUUAAUAGCCAGAUUAUUCCCUGGUAGAACCGACAAUGCCGUGAAGAAUCAUUGGCAUGUUAUUAUGGCUAGGAAGCAAAGAGAGCAAUCCAAAUUAUGUGGAAAGCGAAAUCAUGAUCAGGAUCAUGGAAUUACUACUAAUAUGGACUCCAAUAAUUAUGGUGCCACUCCUACUCAAGCAAACAAAUUAAGGUGUCAAGAUUUAUUCAAUUAUACUAAAGAUAGGAUCUUCACAGUGUCAUCAUCACCGUCCAAUUCUCCAGGCGCUUCAUGGUCAUUUGCAACAACAUUGGACAAUAAUUCAUCUUCAGUGUCAAGACUUGCAGAUAGGUUUUAUGUUAAUUAUAUGAACUCUUCGGGUUAUGGCAGCGCCUAUCGGACGCCAAGUAGUAGUGCAAUAUUUGGGAUUUCAAAUUGCAGGAGGAUUAAUGUUCCAGCUGGUCCAUUUGGGUUCUUCAAUGACAAUAUUAAGCUUGGUCAUGAAGAACAUGGAAGUAGUGAUGGCAUGAUCAUGAUGAAGAAAAGAUUGAUCAAUAAUUCGUCGACAUUAGCCAAUAUGAUGAGAGUGAGUAAUCAGCAAGAGCAGCAAGGAGAGGAGUCUACCAAACAUGAAGAUGUUCCAUUCAUAGAUUUUCUUGGUGUGGGUAUAUCUUCAUGAUCACUUAAUUUAAUAUGUUAUAAUAGAUGACAUAUAUAUAGUUUGUAGCUUCAUUUUUGGUUUUUCUUUUUCAUCUUAGUUAUUAGCUAAGAUACUUAUAUAUAUAGGAGGCUAUAUAUAUAUGGAGAAGUAACUUUCAUUUAUGUCAUAUAUAUUAUGUAUGACAGUUAUACCUUAAUACUCGGAAACUGAUCUAUCUGCAGGUAGCUGUAUAUGUAUGUGCUUAUUUAUACAAUCGUGUUCAUUGCUCUCUAACAAUAACUAAUGGACCAUCUGAAGAGUCCAAUUUUUGUUGUCAUUAUUAAUUUGAA